CAGGAUUCCAGCAAUAAACACUCUGAACUUUGGCCGGAGAAAGAGAUUGUAAAGCCCAUCAUGGGCUGUGGAACUUCAAUUGCAGUUGAAAACCAAGGAAGGCCGUCUGAAACAGAUGCAUCCUCCAGGAAUCCCAGUCCAGCGUUAACCAUGAAAGCAGCGAUUCUGAUCCAGCGUUGGUACCGGCGCUACACGGCCCGUCUGGAGAUGAGGCGCCGCUACACCUGGAACAUCUUCCAGUCCAUCGAGUACGCCGGGGAGCAGGACCAGCUACAGCUUUCAGGCUUUUUCAGUUUCAUGUUGGACAACUUCACUCACCUCAGUGGAAAUGGUCCUGAUUUGAUCUCGCACCUCUUGGACUCUGUGGUGGAGCCCUGGACGGAGGAGGGGCGGCAGGCCAAGCACGAGCAGAUCAGCGUGCCGGACUCCUACUCUGGACCGCGCCUGACCUUCCCUCUCAGUGUUGCCGACACAAACAGCCUGCUCAGCGCCUUCAAGGAGCAGCAGACUUUGCAUGCCAGAUAUGUCUUGCAGCUGUUGCACGAGACCAAGAAGUUUCUGAAGCAGAUGCCAAAUGUGAUUUACUUAUCCACCUCUUAUGCCAAGGAGAUCACAAUCUGUGGUGAUUUGCAUGGACGACUAGAUGAUUUAUUGCUUAUCUUCUACAAGAAUGGCCUUCCAUCCGCUGAGAACCCGUAUGUGUUUAACGGGGACUUUGUGGACAGAGGGAAGAAGUCCAUGGAAAUCAUUAUCAUACUGUUCGCAUUCUUGCUCUUGUAUCCUGACCACAUGCAUCUGAACCGAGGAAAUCAUGAGGACCACAUCAUGAACCUGAGAUAUGGAUUUACCAAGGAGGUCAUGCAGAAGUACAAGACUCACGGCAGAGACAUCUUACAAGUCCUGCAAGAUGUGUUCAGCCUACUCCCUGUAGCCACGGUGAUUGAUAAUAAGGUGCUCAUUGUCCAUGGCGGUAUUUCGGACAAGACUGACUUGGAUUUCCUCAGCUCUAUAGAAAGGGACAAGGUGAAGUCGGCCCUCCGGUUGCCCAAGCGCUGUGUGGAGGUGGCGGUCCCUGGUGGCGGGUCCAGGAGCAGCAGGCAGGGUCGCUCCCAGAGUGGUGGCCGGAGGAGGAAGAGCCGUCAGGGCAGCUGCUCAUCUUCCUCCUCGUCCUCGUCCUCCUCGUCACUCUGCUCGCCGCGCCUCGCCUCCCGACACACUCCACGCCGCCACGCCCCGCCCCCUGCGCUGGCCAGCCCCUCCCACGUCCUCCAGGUGCCCUUCCUGGACUCGUUUCCAUGCGUGUCCAUCGCCCCCCCAGAGCCCCCCAGGGAGGAGCUGGAGUGGAGACAGAUUGUAGAUGUCCUCUGGAGCGACCCUAAGAGCCAGAGUGGCUGCACUCCCAACAGCUUCCGGGGCGGCGGCUGCUACUUUGGGCCAGAUGUGACUCGGAACCUUCUGGAAAAACAUGGAAUGACGUUGCUGAUCCGCUCUCACGAGUGCAAGCAGGAGGGAUAUGAACUCUGUCACAAUGGACAGGUAAUUACGAUCUUCUCGGCGUCUAACUACUACGAGGAGGGCAGUAACCGCGGGGCGUAUGUGAAGCUGGGUCCCGACCUGCAGCCGCGCUUCUUCCAGUACCAGGUGAGCCGCAGCACCAGGAAGCUCACCCUGCAGCAAAGGGUGAGUGUGGCUGAAGGAUCUGCCCUGAAGGCUCUACAGGAGAAGCUGUUUGCCCAUCGCUCUGAGCUUAUGGCUGUCUUCCAGCAGUAUGACACAAAUAACACUGGCUGCAUCUCGGUCGGUGACUGGGCCCAGGUGGUGGAGCUGGUGCUGAAUCUGGACCUGCCCUGGAGGACCCUGCGGCCGCGGCUGGCUCGGCUGGCGCCGGACGGCAGUGUGGACUACAGGUCCUGCUUUGAGGACGUCAGCCCUGGACAGCCCGUUCCUCAGGUUGCUCCCAACUUGGCAGAAACACUCUACAGGUAUCGAACUGAUCUGGAGAUCAUAUUUAAUAUCAUAGAUAAAGAUCAUUCUGGUCUCAUUUCCAUUGAGGAGUUUCGUCAGACCUGGAAGCUGUUCAGCUCUCACCUGGGUGUGGCCGUUAACCAGGAGGCCAUCGACGACAUGGCGCGCAGCAUCGACUUCAACAAGGACGGCAGCAUCGACUUCACCGAGUUCCUGGAGGCCUUCCGUGUGGUGCACAAACUGGACGUGAAGGACCAGCAGCAGGGCUAAGGCUCCUGGCUCCAUCUGGGCUGUAGGCAGCCAUGUUGGCUCCAUCUGGGCUGUGGGCAGCCAUGUUGGCUCCAUCUGCCCGGGCUGUAGAGAGAAACCUGCAGCCAUGUUGGCUCCAUCUGCCUGGGCUGUAGAGAGAAACCUGCAGCCAUGUUGGCUCCAUCUGCCUGGGCUGUAGAGAGAAACCUGCAGCCAUGUUGGCUCCAUCUGCCUGGGCUGUAGAGAGAAACCUGCAGCCAUGUUGGCUCCAUCUGCCUGGGCUGUAGAGAGAAACCUGCAGCCAUGUUGGCUCCAUCUGCCUGGGCUGUAGAGAGAAACCUGCAGCCAUGUUGGCUCCAUCUAUCUGGUCUGCAGCCUGCUAGCACUCCUUAAUGCAUGCUCAUGUGAAACUGGUGCA